AUGUUUUAUGAAGAGCACGGUGACUACCGAACGAUAUACGAAGAUGGCACGUCCGUCCUAGCCAAGAACUGGGAAGAAAUAAAUAACGUAAUAUUGAGUCCUUCAACAUUUUCUGAUAUAUUCGUCAGAUCGAUUACUACGGAACCCUGUGGUGGGUCGUUGCACGAACUGCUAAUUACGGUGAUCGGAAUACGGUUCAAGCAUGUACUAUUCGUGGAUUACCGACCGAGUCGGGAAUUAAAUUACGCCAUAGUGAAGUCCGUGAAGCAAUAUUUCCCUGCAGACCACCCGACGCAGGAAAAUACUUUCGCUGCGGGUGACAAUAUUGCUAAGAACACUGACAAUAACGAGCCGGCUGGAAAGAAACAAGGAAACAUUUCGGAUGAUAUCGCUAAAUACAGUAAACCUUCUUGAAAUUCCGUCGAUAUUGAUAACACUUAUAAUGCUAUUACAACCGUCAAAAACCCACUGAAGGGUAUUUUAGAAAAUGGAUCUAAAUCUACCGAAUUAGGUACCACAUCCAAACUAUCUUGUGAUACCGUAAAUAAUGACGUGAAGCACGAAAUAAAGGCCAAUAACACUUCGAUUGGUGUUAAGACGAGUGCUACUGAGGUAAGCUUCAAAUUCGCCCAGCGUUAUUACGCCACCCUAGAAAGCGAAAAGGAACUCGCAUACUUGUUUUAUGAAGAGUACGGAGAAUACAGAACGAUAUACGAAGAUGGCACGUCCGUCCUAGCCACGAACUGGGAAGAAAUAAAUAGCGUUAUUUUGAGACAUGGGACAUUUUCUGAUAUAUUCGUCAAAUCGAUUACUUCAGAUCCCUAUGGUGGAUCUUUGGACGAACUGCUAAUUACCGUGAUCGGGAUACGGUUCAAGCAUGUAUUUAUCGCGCGUUACCGUCCGAAUCGGGAACUACAUUAUGCCAUAGUGAAGUCCGUGAACCAAUAUUUCCCUGCAAACUAA